CCAAUAAAGUAACCAUUUUUUUUUCUUUGGUUGAUUAGCUUUUUAUUUCUAAAGGAAUAGUAAGCAAGAGUCGAAAGAGAAUUCAAUUGCUGUACUUUAGAAAUGUUUCACUGUUGGGGUAGCUUUGAUGGUGAAGAAUAAAUUUUUCAAAUGAUUAAAUAAAUAGGGAAUUUAGAGAAAAUAUUCUUUUUUGUCCAUAUAUUUGCAAAACUAUGAUAUGCCUACCAUUGUUGCAAACAUACGUUGUCUUUACAUUACAGCUUUAGUUAAAACAUUUGCACAUAUAUUGAUAUGUUUUGCAUCUCAUCUCACCAUUCUCUCUAUCCUCUCUCCUCGCACUCUGUCUCAUCGUCAGCAUGCCAACACCAAGCUCCCAAACAAAUAUUAAAUUAAAUGCAAAAAACUAUUGUUCAACUCUCAAUUAACAUCCAUACUGGAUCGUAACUCGUCUUGAGUCAACUCGCUACGGGUCAGGUUAGAUCUGACGAUUCAUAGCAUUUCGAAAUUAGAUAUCAAGCAUGCUUAUACCAGGUUACAACAGAAAAUUUCGAAGUGCAAGAGAGGGGGAUGUGAGAGGAAUUGUGUGCGUGCGGUUGUGGGAUUGUGGUGACGAUAGUGAGUAGCGGUGGGAGGAGGUUAUAUAAGUAUGUGAAAAUCAACGAAAAUGGUUGUUUUGAAUUGAUUUUGUGGUUGAUUUCGUUAUAUUUGCAACCAGGUGCAACUUAAUAUAAUAUUCAACAGAUUUUUCAAAGUUGCAUUAUGGUUGCAUAUAAGAUUGCUAACAGUUGCAGAUGCAACACCGUAUUUUUGCAAUUUUUGUUGCAAGAUAGUAUUUUUGCAAUUUGUUUAACAUCCGAGCUCAUAACUAGAUGCAUACCGGACCCAACAACCCACCACAUGUCGGUCCAAAAGUGCUAGCAAAUUGAUGUACAUUAGUUAUUUGCUUGUGCUUAUAAAGGCCCGUACACUCUUUUAACUAAUGGAUGUGGGAUGUUACAAACACCCCCUCUUAUAUGCUCGACGUCCUCGUCGAGCCCACAAUCAAACUUACGAAAUCCGGGCAAUACCUUGGCACUUCCGGCCAGGUAGAGCUCUGAUAGCAUUUAUAACAUCCGAGCUCAUAAUUAGAUGAAUACCAGAUCCAACAACCCAUCACAGGGUGGCCCAAAAAUGCUAGCAAAUUGGUAUACACAAGUUAUUUACUUAUGUUUAUAAAGACCCAAAUACUCUUUUAAUUAAUCGACGUGGGAUGUUACAAAUACACUCUUGCUUAUCUUAAGGGACUUUAUCACAAUUUUUUUCUUUAUUACGAUUCUAAUAAAUACUCCCUCCUUCCCAUUUUAAUUGUCCACUUAGCCAAAAUCACACAUAUUAAGAAAUCAUAAAUAUAACUCAUUUUGUCUACUAUCAUUGCACGGAUUACACAAAAAAAGAUAAAACUCAUCUGCCAUAUUAAUUACUUACGGAAUACUACAAUGUUAGACUUGUUCACAUAUAAGCUUCACAGCCAGCUUUACGUGUAAACCUCAACAGUCAUCCAGAAAACAUAAUUCAAGUGAAACAAAUUUCCCUCUAAAACUUUUAGCUUCGAUUUAAAUUUUGCUCUAUAAUGAAUUUUUUAGUGUUGCAAAAUUUUAAAUUUCCCUCUCAAUUUUGUCUACAAAAUAAAGUCCCAAGCUUUGUUCACAAGAUCAGAUUCAGUGAUUUCUUGGUGUUCUUAUACAAUGAGUUUUAUAAAUAAUUUUGACUUGAACCUUUCACCAAGAUCAGAUGAGCUACAUUCAAAUGAUUCUCGACAAAUUGAUCUUAAUAAAGACUUGGAAGAUGUAUCAGAUGAAGAAACUUUGCACCUGGGACAAAUGGAAUUAGCUAUUGAUUCGAAUCAACCCCUACUUGAUCAUAGUGAACAAGAUGGAUUCGAGGAAGGACAUGAUGGAUCACAAGGCGAACAAGAUAGUAGAUUGCAAAGCCAGCGAGCAUCCAGAAAAAAUAAGAAUCUGUCUAAUGAAGAUCGAAGACGGAUUUAUCAGACUUUACUAACUAAAAGUGUCGAUGGAAAGCUUCGCAGGGGCACAAUAAGAGAGGUUUCAGCAAUAUUUUCUAUAUCAAGUCGCACAGUUGCGCGUAUAUGGAAGCAGGCUACACAAUCUUCCAACAAUGGUGCAAUCAAUGUCAGUCACAAAAGAAGCAAAAAUUGUGGACGUAAAAGAAUUGAAAUAGAUCCGGAGCAAAUCAAAAAAGUCCCUCUAUCUCGCAGAACAAGUCUGGAAUCUUUGGCGUAUGCUAUAAAUGUGAGCAAAUCAACUUUGCAUCGGAAUUUUAAAUCAGGACGGCUUCGUCGACAUAGCAAUCAUGUGAAACCAUAUUUGAAGGACUCUAACAAGAAAGCAAGAGCUCAGUUUUCUUUGUCUAUGAUCGACAAAAGUAGCUUACCACAUGAUCCUCAUUUUAAGGACAUGAAUGACAUGAUACAUAUCGAUGAAAAAUGGUUCUAUAUUAGCAAAAAGGCUGAGAAGUACUAUCUUUUGCCUGAGGAAAGUGAUCCCGUACGCACUUGCAAGAGCAAGAAUUUUUUGACAAAAGUGAUGUUCUUAACUGCAAUUGCAAGACCAAGAUUUGAUUCAGACGGAAAAGAAGUUUUCUCUGGAAAGAUUGGAAUUUUUCCAUUUGUUACGAAGGAACCCGCCAAAAGGAGCAGCGCUAAUAGACCCGCUGGAACUCUUGAAACGAAGCCAAUCACUUCAGUUGGAAGGGACAUUGCAAGAACAUUUUUGAUUACCAAAGUUCUUCCUGCUAUUUUGGAGAAGUGGCCGGCUCGUGAUGUGAAUAAGCCUAUACUUAUUCAACAGGACAACGCUAGAACACACAUUAAUCCAGAUGAUGAAGAGUUUCGUUUAGCUGUGCAAAGGUGUGGUUUAAACGUUCAGUUAAUUUGUCAGCCUCCUAACUCGCCAGACUUGAAUGUGUUGGACCUCGGCUUUUUUAGUGCAAUUCAGAAUCUGCACUAUAAAGAGGCUCCCAGGACUGUAGACGAGCUAAUCACCUCUGUAGAAAACGCAUACAAUGCGUUCUCAACCGUUAAGUCGAAUCGUAUAUUCUUAACUUUGCAACAGUGCAUGAUCGAAAUAAUGAAAGCCAGAGGUUCUAAUGGUUACAAAAUCCCCCACAUGAAGAAAGGUUCUUUAGAAAGAAAUGGCAAACUACCUUCAACUUCAGUGCGAUGCAAAACUUGUAGAAGAGACGAUGAACUGGCUGAAUUGUUCUUAAUAUCUCUGGCCAGAACUGUUAUAUCUUAUCAGUCAUGUUGCAUUUGUUAGUUCAUAUCCUAAAUGUAAAUAAAAUUUAUGCUCCAGAGUUAUUGUAUUACUGUGACUGGCUGGCUUUAGUAGUAAAGAGAUUGAAGAAGGGUGGGGAGCAGCAGCAAUUUAAGGAUUAGUAUGUUACCAACUUUAUAAGAAGCAAGGAAACUUCACAUUCUUGACAAAUAUAGGACCAACUUCACAUGCAGUAUUUUAGUGAUCUGGUAUGUUAAAAUAUGCAAUGUUCACAGCUGGUGUGUUGAGUCCAGGGAUCUAUAUUCAACUGGUGCAUUAGUAAUUUUAAUUUUUCUGUGCUUCUUUUAUUUUUUUUUUCUUUUUUACCUUUGUCGAGAGAAUUGUCUUUGUCGAGAUGUGUACUUGGUUUUUCUGUAUGCUUUGUUUUUAAUUCAAGCAAAGCCUUGGCGCAAAUUUUGGCUCGAUAAUGUCUAUAAUUAACCUAGUUACUCAGUUUGCACCAUAAAGCAAAUCAGACUACUUGUAAAAUACAUCAUGCAUGCUUCUGGU